AUGUCAUCGCCCGAUACUUCGAGUUCUCCCAACCCGAUGCGUCAAAUCCCUGAGCGAGCCACCCAGCAGCACCGGAGAUGGCUGGAAUCAUCGGACCAUCGAGCUGUGGCCACGGCGGAUCCAAGCCCUCAUCCACCCCCGGGUAUCUCGCGCGAUGCGUACAUGCGCCAGCGCUUUCGCCAUCCACAGUCUCCUGCGAUAAUCGGACUUUUGUUGACGACAGCUGUGAUGCGGCCCCAGAGCCCCCAAGGCCCCUUGUCAACUGGACUGCCUCUACCAACGAUGACGAGACCCACGAGUCACCAUCAGAUUGGGAUUAUUGCACUGUGGUAG